UACAAGCCUCGAUACUUGACAUUUAGGUCAAAACUUCACCAUUCAUACAAGCAAAUACUUCUCAAGAAGCAAAGGAAUUUCCACAUUGCACAAACGCGAACGAGAUUAAACUAAUCUCUUCGCAUUAUCGAAAGUUGCACAACUCCCUAAUCUUAAAACUGUCAAUUUUCUACGAUACCUUCCGAUCGAACUCUCCCGUGUUAUCUCAAUAGCGCUAUCUCAAGCAGAUCUGUAGGAUCAAGUUUUAGUACGUAACUCGCGAGUCCAUGUGACUGUGUGUCACCGCUCAAGAACGGUUCGGAGGGUCUACGCUGUAUCUAGAAAAAUGGAUAGACCUAGCACGAGCCAGCAGUCGGAGAAAUAUUCUGUGCCCAGGCUAGAUAAACUCCCGACUAGUUCUACGCAGUCUGUGGAUAAGGUUGAGAUGUUUGAAGUGAGGGAGCAUGUGCCGUAUCAAGCGGAGGUCACUCGAGCACCAGGCGCCUAUGACGCGGAGAGCGGUGACGUGUAUACCAACUCCUGGGACUCCGCGUGGUUGGCCAUUUGCCAAUUGUUAAACCUCCUUCACCAUAUGCAGGUGGCCAUCGUCGUGUUCUGCAUAUGGCACUUCGCGUUGACUGUAGAACCUAGUGGGGCCAUCAGCAAUCUUCAGCUCCAUAUAAUUUUCGCGGGAACCGGUUACCAGCUGUUCCUAGUAGAAGCGGUUCUGACGCUCCACAGACACAACUCCUGGUCCUUCCAACUAUCCCAAGAUGGGAAGCGAGUGGUCCACGGUUGCCUGCAGCUCAUCGGCUCCUUGUUUGUCAUUGUGGGCUCUUUCCUGGCUUUAGCUGAGACUGACAUGGUUGUUAACACACCUCAUGGAUAUUGCGGCGUUAUCGCACUGGCGUUCUCCCUAGCUAGCUUCAUCUCCGGUAUCAUAGCACUUUUCUCCUCGAAAGUACGUCUGAUGAUCAGGAGCGGACCUGUCAAGAUCCUCCACAUCGCGCUUGGCUUAAUUGCUCUCUCCAUGGGCCUUAUCACGAACGCCAUAGGGUUCAAUAUGGAUUACUUCAGCGCCGCAAACCCUGGGUUAUCCACGGCUCUCAUUUGUUUUGUGGUGUUCACCCUGAUCUAUAUUAUUGUUCAGCCGAUUAUCAACCUGGUGUCAACUACUAGGAAAUCCCUGUGACUAAGUAAAAAGGCGGGGUCUUCGGACGGUGAGAGUAUGGUAAGCAGACUGUAGGUUUAAGAGU